AUGCCUGCCGUUAGAUCCGCAUAUGACCCCAAGGACAUGCAGUUCCGCCACCUUGGUCCCACAGGUCUCAAGGUUAGCGUGCUGUCUUUGGGCGGAUGGUUAACCUAUGGAGGUACCGAGAAAGGCGAAAUCGUCAAGAAAUGUCUCGAGACAGCUUGGAGCCACGGAAUCAACACCUUCGACACGGCGGAAACUUAUGCCAACGGGGAGUCGGAGGUUGAGAUGGGUCAGGCCUUGAAGGAGCUUGACUGGCCUCGAGACGAGUACGUUCUCACUACCAAGGUCUUCUUCGGCACUGGUCGCAAGGAGCCGAACACCCGCGGUCUUAGCAAAAAGCACGUCGUGGAAGGUCUCAAGAGCUCUCUUGCGCGAUUACAGCAACCUUAUGUCGAUGUGGUUUUCGCUCAUCGUCCCGACCCCGCUACGCCGAUGAAGGAGAUCGUCGAGGGAUUCACCCAAGUCAUUCAAAAUCUCAACCUAGCCUACUACUGGGGAACCUCCGAGUGGAGCGCAACCCAGAUUAUGGAGGCAACACAGAUCGCAGAGCGAUAUAAUCUCAUCGCCCCUGUAGUCGAGCAACCACAAUAUAACGCUUUCCACCGCGAGCGCUUCGAGGUUGAGUAUGCCCCGCUAUUUGACCAAUUCAAGUAUGGUACAACCAUCUGGUCUCCCCUAGCCUCUGGCUUCUUGACCGGCAAGUACAACAAUGGUAUUCCCGACGGCUCUCGAUUCGCCAAGCACGGCGACUUUUUCGACAACACGAUCAAGAUGCUGCAGAGCGAGGAGGGCAAGGCCAAGAUCGAAAAGGUCAAGAAAUUGACGGCGAUUGCCGAGCGUCUUGGCGGAACCACCGCGUCGCUAGCAUUAGCGUGGACUAUCAAGAACCCGAAUGUUAGCACCGUCAUUCUCGGCGCCACGAAGGUCGAGCAGAUCGAAGAGAACGUGAAGGCUCUUAAGUUUGCCGAGAAGCUGACGCCGGAGGUGAUGGAGGAGAUUGAGAAGAUUCUCGACAACACUCCCAAGAAGCCAUUUGCGUAUGGACGUGAACGAUUAUGA